AUGGGAAGAACUCCUUGCUGCGACAAGAAUGGGCUGAAGAAAGGCCCCUGGACUACCGAAGAGGAUCACAAACUCACCUCUUACAUCCAGUUGCACGGCCCUGGCAACUGGCGCACCCUCCCCAAAAAUGCCGACCAACAAUCUGUCUAUGCACAUUAUUUCUCAUAUUUUUCCUUCAUUGUUCCAUCAAUUAUAGGUCUUCAGAGAUGUGGUAAGAGUUGUCGCCUGAGGUGGACCAACUACCUCCGCCCCGACAUCAAGCGAGGCCGUUUCGCCUUCGAGGAGGAGGAGACCAUCAUCCAGCUCCACAGCAUCCUCGGCAACAAGUGGUCGGCCAUAGCUGCCCGGUUGCCUGGAAGGACGGACAACGAGAUCAAGAACUACUGGAACACCCACAUCCGCAAGAGGCUUCUCCGCAACGGCAUCGAUCCGGUCACCCACGCGCCCCGCCUCGACCUCCUCGACUUAUCCGCGAUUCUCGGCAACGCGCUCUGCCACGUCAACCCGGCCGCGUCUCUCCUCGCCCUUCUCGCCGCCAGCUCACAGCCUCCUCCGUCGCUGCUCAACCCGGACCUCCUCCGCGUCGCCGCCGCGCUCGCCUCGCUGCAGCAGGAGAACCCGGAGCUCUACCACCAACAGCAGCAGAAUCUCACGGACAGUCAAACGACGCCGUCGCAGCUGAUUCAGCAGCAGCAGGCUGACCUGGAGCGUUUCCUGGAAUUAAAUAAUAAUAAUGAUAACAACUCCGGGAGUCAGGUGUCGGGUAAGGAUAAUUUCGCUUCGCUACCCAAUGAUUUUGGGUUUUGGAAUACCAUCCCUGAACUUUCGGAGAAUUGUCGGAGUUUCCAGUCCUGUGGAGCCGGGUUGAGCGGGAAUAAUAACGGUAACGGUAACGGUGCGGAUUGGUACCAGAGUAGCUUGAUUAGCGGCGGCGGUGGAAAUAUUGGUAAUGCGGACUCGUCCGUUAUUUCGACGCCGUUAUCGAGCCCGGCGCAGGUGACACCGACGUCGUCAAAUUUCGUGAACGGCAGCUUGAGUGCCAGUACGACGACGGAGGAUGAGAGGGAGAGCUAUUGCAGCAGCUUGCUCAAGUUUGAGAUUCCGGAGAGCUUGGAGUUACUUGACGAUUUCAUGUAA